AUUUUUCAAAUUCCUUUCAUGUGUGCCUGUGGCAUCAUCAGACUGAACUUCCUUAUCGAGCUCUGGCGGGGGAUGGGCGUCACUGUGCAUCGCCUUGAUGGCCACUGUUAACGCUGCUGGUGCCGUGAGUGUGGUGUCAGGUCAGUAACCACCACCACCAGGGCCUCCUUCUCCUGCUUGGGGCGUGUGAUGCCGCUGUUGCCUGAUACCCAUCACGCACUUUACGGUGCCGCUUGCUGGCUAGUUGUGCCCUGAGCUGUGCCGUGUAGUGCUGCGUUGUUGACUGCAACAGAGCCUUUUGUAUGGAUUUAGCCAACUUACUUCAGAAGUUUUGAUAAUUAAUUGGUAUUUAUGGACAGGAGUAAACAGUCGUAAGGGACUCUGCCUUCUGUGCAUGGGAGUGUUUUCCUCCUAUGGCAGCACAUCUUCCUAAUUCAGGCGUUUUCGAGUUAAGCAUAGAAUCACGAGGCAGAAGUGGGCUGGGGGAGACUGCUCUAAGGAGAGGAAGCCCCCGGCCCCGGCAGGGAACAGCCCUGAACCUCCAUCUGCGCCUGCGCCUGCGAUCAGCCUUGUGUUGGCAGCGCCGACCUCCCUCUGAGGCCCUGACAUCUCCUGGGAGACCCUGACUGUUACCCGCAGCCCCCACACCUGCCCCUGCGAGGAGGCUUGCGUCUGGCUCACCAUGCACUCGGACUGCAGUGUCUCGGGCACAGCUGUACCUGCCUGCACUCCUGGCCUUGGAACUGCACAGCUGUGAGAACAGUUGCUUCCUGGUUGUAUCCCUGGAGAUGCUGACUCAGGACUGGAGGUCAUGCUGUCCUGAGUGUGCCCCUGAGCCCAGGCCGCAGCAGCCGCUCCAGCCCCUUCCCUGGGUGAAUGUGGAUCCGCCACAGGGAAUAUUCUGAAACUGGGAACAUGUAGAUGACACAGGUGAGGCUAAGCCUCUGCAUGGAGACCACCUCUCCCUCAUGCCUUUGUACAAUGUGGUUCUCAGCCUGGGUACCUGGGAAGAGAGAAAAAUCCUGAGUCACACGGGCACAUGGCCUCAUCCCAUCAUCCCAUUUCUGAAGGAAAAGUCUGAUUCUCUUCAAGUGGUUUAAGAUAUGCAGUUAAGUCAGACUUCUCAUCCUGAUGUGUAGGCAGGCAGAAGGGCUUGUGGCCUCCGGAUUCUGAGGGGGGAAUUAGUGCAAGUCUGUAGUACUGUACCUAUGAAACUGGGCCUUAAGAAAGCAUUUCAUGCUGAAGAAAGUACUUUAAUGGAAGACAUAGUAUGAAAAAACAAGUUAGAGUCCAUUGUCAGCUAACAGGCACCAAAGGAGAUUGUGAGAUAUAAUUUUACACUAAAAUGAAAACAGGCCCAGAUAGAAGAUGGGAGAAGAAGAAAGAAAUGAGAAGCAAAAAAGUAAAAGCCAUAUGUGUAAGCAUACUUAAAUGGUGAAUAGAGGGAAAAGAGUACAUCAUCUUGUACAGGGUAUGAAUUAAAAGAGUAGAAUUACCAUUCAGAAGGUCAGUGGGGGUUCGUUUGAGAGAGCAGAAGUGUGGGCACUUAGAGUGAAGCCCCGCGACUGCGUAGAACAGGGGGUAAGGGGACAUCAUUAGAUUUUCAUGGCUCAGUCAUCCUCAUCCUGUGCUCUGCGAAAACCCUAAUGUGGGAGUGAAAGGGCGUCUAACUCCCGCCCUCUCAGAGGGGAAAAGUAGCCGAUGUGUUAGAUCCAUCAGGGACGAGCAGGCCCAGCUGGGAUGGGGAGGAAUACAGAGCAGCAGGGAGAAGGCAAGGAAUAAAUGUCCUACCUUGGAAGUUCCUCCCCGAUCACAUUCGGUUUAAAUGGCAGGAGUAUGUUUGUAAAUUAAAAGGGAAAUAUUCAUAGUCUGGAGGACAAUGAAAGUUUUCUUCUGAUCAUGACCCGGUACUAGAUUUUCUUCCUCCCCUCAAAACAAAUACAAAAUUUCACAAGAGUGAAAUAUUUGUUCUCUCACAUUGGGCACCAACAGAGAGAAGGGAUGAGCACAUGCAUAGGAGGAACCGACCGCCGUCCAGGAAGGACCCACAGGAAAGGACUAGAGGGAACACCCCCUGGGGCUCUCAUGUGGUCAGGAGCAGUGUCUCUUCUCACCUGCUGGGGCAAGGAAAAGAAAAUCUGAUAAUUUUAAUUUUAAGGGAGCAUUAGAUGCUGGACUCUGAAGGGUUUUACAGAGCAUUGAGGAACGAUUACUCCUACUCUAGAUGCUGAGCCAGUAAGCCCUCAAUUCCAUAGUAGCACUCAUGGACACAGUCCUCCGCUCUCCCACCUCAGCCCUGGCUGAGUUCAUAUACAGACCUAUCCACUGCCACGCCCUGGGACUGUUACCUAAUCCCAUUAGGAGACCCACCCAGCGACCUCUUCUUCUCUGUCACUGUCUCCUUUGUAGGAAGUGGCCACAGCAGAUGGUGUAGACCUGGCUCCUCUGGGAUCUUGCUUUUAACUCAUUGGCAGAUGUCCCUGAGCAGGGCACCAAGGCUGGCAGAGGGCCAGGUCACUCUGGGGGCAGCCGUCUUGCUGCUUGGACUCUGGGCAGUAGUGGCUCCAGUCCAGUGCUCUCAAGGCCGUCCCUUAUGGCGCUACAUCUCUUCGGAGUUGGUGAUACCCAGGAAGGAGUUGUACCGAGGCAAGGGUGUUCAGACUCCAGGCUGGCUCUCCUACAGCCUGAGUUUUGGGGGCCAGAGGCACGUUAUCCACAUGCGGCGCAAGAAGUUAUUUUGGCCCGGACACCUGCUGCUGAUGACUCAGGAUGACCAAGGAGCCUUGCAGAUGGACUACCCCUUCGUCCCUUCAGAUUGUUACUACCUCGGCUACCUGGAGGAGAUUCCUUUUUCCAUGGUCACCGUGGACACGUGCUAUGGGGGUCUUGAAGGUAUUAUGAAGUUGGAUGACCUUGCGUAUGAAAUCAAGCCCCUCAAGGAUUCGGAAAGGUUUGAACAUGUGGUUUCUCAGAUAGUGGCCGAUGCCAAUGCAACAGGACCUGCAUAUGGACCGGGACACAAGGAGGAUAGACACCCACUGUUCCCUGAAGCAGAUGUCAGUGUAGCCCCCAGGAGUGGUGCUAGGGUGUUUGCAGCACAUAAGGGAAUUAUGAAAGGAUUUGUUCUGUAUUCUAAUUCAAUGUAUCGUGUAUACAACAAUGUGUCUAAGUGUGUAGAAGCCCUGGUACAUAUGUGUAGUGUAGUGGACUCCUUUCAACAAGGUCUUGCUGUAAGGUUCUAUCUAGUUGCAGUGGUACUAUUUAGUGAAAGAGAUCCAACUGUCAUGAAUGACUAUAGGGUACCAGGUGGUGCGUAUGCUCGUUAUCAUGCAAACACUUUCAGACUAGUUACAGAAACCACUUCAUCCUUGAUAGUAAUUCGUGACGGACCACGACCAGGUCAGUUUGAGCCAGAGACCUAUACUAUGUGUAAAACUGAUCGUAGUCUACUGUUCGUUGGUUAUCUAGGCAGACAUUAUUUAAUGUUAGCUAUUGUAUCAACCCAACUCAUUGGGAGAAGUUUUGGUCUGUGGUAUGAUGGGGACAACUGCUAUUGCAUGAGAAGGAGCACCUGCCUUAUGGCAAAAUACCCAGCCUUGACAGAUGCCUUCAGCGACUGUUCCAUCGGGCAUUGGUGGGACAUAGUAGGAAUACAGGGCAGUUGUAUAUUUAACACAACGGUGAGCUAUUUUAAUGAAAGCCUGAUAAAGAUGCGUUGUGGAAACUAUAUAGUGGAGGAUUGGGAGCAGUGUGACUGUGGCUCCUUCAAGCAGUGUUAUAGCAACAAAUGCUGCGAGUAUGACUGUAUGUUGGAGGAAGGGGCUACUUGUAAUGAAGGACUAUGCUGUACAAACUGUACCUACUCUGAACCUGGGACACUCUGCAGACCAAUUCAAAAUACAUGUGACCUUCCAGAGUACUGUUUUGGAACAACCAGUCAAUGCCCGGGAGAUUUUUAUAUGCAGGAUGGAACGCCCUGUACUGAAGAAGGCUACUGCUAUCAUGGAAACUGCACUGACCGCACUAUGCACUGCAGAGAAAUCUUUGGAAGACACGCUCUUAACGCUCAUGAUGUCUGCUAUACAAUAAAUAGAAAAGCCAAUCGAUUUGGACACUGUACAAGAAAUGAUAGGAUGUUGAACCAUGCUGCUUGCGGAGAAGCAGACAUAAAAUGUGGAAGGCUGCAGUGUAGCAAUGUCACUCAUGUUCCCCGGUUGCAGGAACAUGUUUCAUUCCAUCAGUCAAAGAUCUCGGGGGUCUGGUGUUGGGGAGUAGACAGUCACUAUUCCCCAGAAACAACUGAUGUUGGUCAUGUGAGAAGUGGUACCCCCUGCGCUCCUGAGAGGUUCUGUCUCAAUAGCACUUGCACUGCUCGUAUAGAUGCAAUAACUUAUGACUGUCCCCCUGAGAAAUGCAAUCAUAGAGGAAUUUGCAACAAUAGAAGGAAUUGCCAUUGCCAUGUAGGCUGGGAGCCUCCACUGUGCUUAAAGAGAGGUCCUGGAGGGAGCAUGGACAGCGGACCCAGUUCAGGAAGAAUUCGCUCGGUAAAAACAAGCCAAGCAUCGAUCCUGUAUUUGAAACUGGUCUUUGGUCGCAUUUAUGCCUUCAUAGCUGCACUCCUCUUCGGUGUGGCCACCAAUGUUAAAAAUGUCAAGACCUCCAGAGUUAAGGAAGUGAUAGUAGGUGAUAAAUAAAUUAUAAACCAGCCUCCCGACCCCUGUACAGCCAUUGGUAAUGUAGAAGUAAUAUCAAUAUAUAUGAUGAAAUCAGUAAUAAGAUGGCAAAGAUGAAUAUCAUGUUCUAGAAGUCUGCAGGAGAUGACGGCGGAUUUCUGUACAUCAGGGGCGGUCGAGAGGCAUCGAUGUCCUCACAUCAGGUCUCUUUGAUAGGUCGCUGAUCAGCGCUCUGAAAUAAAUCUUGAAAAACCACUUGUUGGUGCCCUCUAAUAUUUUGUAAACUCUAAGAGAGCAAAUUGAGCCUGAGACUUUGGCCGGGGGAGAGACCUGAGUCAGCAGCUGGAUCUUGACCUGAGUUCACUGGUCCCAGUAAUAACAGACAUUUUCAUGGGCUUCUUUAGGGGCAGAUUCAUGACAUUUCUCCAAAUUAGUGCUCUUGAACACUGGGGUUUUCUGCUUCCUCUAUUUAAUCUCUUCUUCUCUAAGCCCAAAGUGGGUUCAGGGUAAUAGAGGGCCGCUCCCAACCCCUCCUUCUGGGGUGGCUGUGGUCUGUGGGGUGAGAGUGAUGUGGGCUCAAUUCCCACCUAGCAUAAACUAGGACACUCUGGAGAGCAUAUUUCCCAAGGUGGGACGCGGAGAUCAGGAGGCUGAAUGUAGCACUCACUGAAAUCCCAUCAGAGAGUUAGGUAGAAAUGCCUGUCAGUGACUCUGGCAUUCAGAGGGAGUCCUGUGAAUGUUAAUCCCUCCCUUCCUUCUUGCAUCUACAUUUCAGUGCAAUUUCAGUGAAUGUAAGCUGAGUAAUUCCUGAUGAAUAACAGACACUAGUCUUUAUUUUAUUUUUUAUUUAACAUCUUUGUUGGGGUAUAAUUGCUUCACAGUGCUGUGUUAGUUUCUGCUUUACAACAAAGUGAAUCAGUUAUCCAUAUACACAUGUUUCCAUAUCUCCUCCCUCUUGCGUCUCCCUCCCUCCCUCCCCCCCUCCCUAUCCCACCCCUCUAGGUGGUCACAAAGCACCGAGCUGAUCUCCCUGUGCUGUGCGGCUGCUUCCCACUAGCUAUCCACCCUACGUUUGGUAGUGUAUGUAUGUCCAUGCCACUCUCUCACUUCGUCACAGCUUACCCUUCCCCCUCCCCGUGUCCUCAAGUCCGUUCUCUACGUCUGCGUCUUUAUUCCUGUCCUGCCCCUAGGUUCUUCAGAACCAUUUUUCUUAUUAGAGUCCAUAUAUAUGCAGACACCAGUCUUUACCCCUGUGGGGGAGGAAAACCAGUCUCCUUCUGUAUCGAAAUAAUGUUCAAUGAACUAAAUAUUAUUUUUUAAUAUGAUGUAAAAUUAAUAAAAUGUAUAAGUAAAAAGAAGCAUUUUUAUUAUAAAUUACCACAAAAUUAUAUUGACUUUUCCCCACGCAAUACAGGUACAUGACAUAGAAUUACAAAGACAAAAAUCUCCCACCAGCCGAAGGACUUACACUUCCCACAUAGUCCACAGAAAACCACUUUUGGUCGUGACAUUUGGUUCCAGGGUUUUCCUAAAUGCACACAGUUAUGGCUGUGCUGCUUCUACACACACUUUUGAAACCCUACCCUCUCAUCUUCAAAUGCAUCUUGAUGGCCUGUCUUUGAAACUCCUUCCAAGUUCUAACAUUCCGUCUGCAUUGAAGUCUUCCAUUGUUCUGCCGACGUCAGUGCAUUCCAUUCUUUUAUCGGUGAACAUUAAAGAGAAAUUUAAAUGAGAGAUCAGAUGAAUUCAGUACCCAUCCACUUCCACACCCUUGGUGUUAAUUGUGUUGUUGACGCAGCACCACCCUCCUCCUGCCUUUUGCUCCUGCAGCCUCCGGAGCAGACCUCCCCACUGGCUUGUUGGGCGGGGGGGGGGGGGCGGGUCUCCCUGCCGGGGAUCAUCUACCCUCUCCCUGGGGCUCUUUUGCAUUUCAAGCUCAGUGUUGGAUGAACACCAAGUCCUGAUCUCCUUUGAACUCUUUCCGUUGUCCCCUUUUCUUCUCUUUCUGACUUUUGGUCCUCACCUCAUGUCUCAUAGUUUGGCUAACAGGUUCAGACUGAAGUCCAGAGAUGUGUCUGAAAAUUUAUGUAGGUUCUGAGUAAUGUGACUUUCCUCCAGAGAGGAAUGACCCCACCAACCUCCGUAGAUCGCCUUGCUCCAGUUAGGGACUGAGCUACUUCAGGUUGGGUUCCAGGGCGUUCGAGGGCUGCUCUACUGAUGGUUUUCUCUCAUUCACAGCACAGCCUUCCAGGGGCUCCGGUGAGAGUCUCUGCCUUUUCUCCUCAGGAAGCAGUAAAGUCCAACGUCUGACCUAAUGUCUAACCAGACUAUAGAACACUUGGCUUGGGCUGGCUUUUUACUUCCCUUUGAACCUGCUUUUAUUUAAACUUUAUUUAUUUAAAAUUAAUUUGUAUUGAGAUGGAAUUGAAAUAUAACGUCGUAUAAGUGUUGGUGUACAAAGGGGUGAUUGCAUACAUUUAUACAUUGUAAUAUGAUUACCACCAUAGCUUUAGCUAACACCUCUAUCACCUCACAUAAUUAUCAUUUCUAUUUUGUGGUGAUAACACCAUUUAGUCUCUUAGAAACUUUUGAGUUUACAAUACAGUGUCGUUGACUAUAGUCACUGUUCUUGCCUUAGAUCUCCAGGACUUGUGUAUCUGCAAGUUGCAAAUUGUACCCUAAAACCUGUCUCCCCAAUUCCCCCACCCCCUAGCCUCUCUUAGUCAUAAUUCUACUCUCUUUUUACAUUGCAUCUUUUUUUACAUUUCACAUAGAAGUGGUAUCAUACAGGACUUCCCUGGUGGUGCAGUGGUUAAGAAUCCGCCUGUCAAUGCAGGGGACACGGGUUCGAGCCCUGGUCCGGGAAGAUCCCACAUGCUGUGGAGCAACUAAGCCCAUGCGCCAUAACUACUGAGCCUGCGCUCGAGAGCCCAUGAACCACAGCUACUCAGCCCAUGUGCCGCAACUACAGAAGCCAGCGUGCCUGGAGCCUGUGCUCCGCAACAAGAGAAGACACUGCAAUGAGAAGCCUGCGCACUGCAACGAAGAGUAGCCCCCGCUCGCUGCAACUAGAGAGAAAGCCCGCACGCAGCAACGAAGACCCAACGCAGCCAAAAAAAAAAAAGAAGUGGUAUCAUGCAGUAUUUGUCUUUCUCUCCACAUCCUCACCAACACUUGUCAUCACUUGUCUUCUUUUUUUUUUUUUUCUGUACACUUGUCUUCUUGAUGGUGGCCAUUCUAACAGGUGUGAGGUGAUAGCUCCUUAUGAUCUGAGUUACAAUUCUCUGAUGAUCAGUGUCAUGGAGCAUUUUUAUGCACCUGUUGGCCUUAUGGAUGUCUUCUUUGGAAAUCUGGCCAUUCAGUUCCUCUGCCCUUUUUAUAAUUAAUUUGUUUUGGUUUUUUGUGAUUGAGUGCAUGAGUCCCUUAUAUAAUUUUGAUAUUAACUCCUUAUCUGAUAUAUGGUGUACAGAUAAUUUCUCACAUUCUGUAAGUUGCCUUUUCAUAUUCCUGAUUGUUUCUUUGGCUGUGCAGAAACUUUUUAGUUUGAUGUAGUUUCCCUUGAUCCUUUUGCUUUCAUUGCUUAUGCUUUUGGUGUCAUAGCUAAAAAAAUCAUUGGCAAGACCACUGUCAGAAGCUUCUUCUGACAGUGGUUGUCUUUUAGGAGUUUCAUGGUGUCAGGGCUUAUGUUCGUCUUUAAUCCAUUUGAGUUAAUUUUUGUAAGUAAUGUAAGUAGGGGUCCAAUUUCCUUUUUCUACAUGUGGUUAUCUAGUUAUCUCAACACCAUACGUUUCUUAAAAAUAUUUUAUUUAUUUAUUUUUAUUUUUGGCUGCGCUGGGUCUUCGUUGCUGCAUGGGGGUUUCUAUAGUCGCGGUGAGCGGGGGCUACUCUUCGUUGCGGUGCACAGGCUUCUCAUUGCAGUGGCUUCUCUUCUUGUGGAGCACGGGCCCUAGGCAUGCGGGCUUCCGUAGUUGUGGCUGGUGGGCUCUAGAGCGCAGCUCAGUAGUUGUGGCGCACGGGCUUAGUUGCUCCGUGGCACGUGGGAUCUUCCUGGACCAGGGCUCCAACCUGUGUCCCCUGCAUUGGCAGGCAGAUUCUUAACCACUGUGCCACCAGGGAAGCCCCUCUCAACACCAUAUGUUGAAGAGACUAUUCCUUCCCCAUGGAUUGUUCUUGGCUCCCUUGACAAAUGUUAGUUGACCAUAUACCGGAGGGUGUGCUACUGGGCUCUCUUUUCUGACCCAUUGGUCUAUGUGUCAACUUGUAUGCCAGUACCAUACUGUUUAAAUUAUUAUAGCUUGGUAGUAUAUAUUAAAACCAGUAAUGCAGUGCCUCUGGCUUUCUUUUUCUUUCUCAUGAUUGCAGUGGCUAUUUGGGGUCUUUUGUGGUUCUGUACAGAUUUGAGGGUUGUUUGUUCAAUUUCUGUUUAAAAAAGGGAUUGCAUUGCAUUUCUAAAUUGCUUUGGGUAGUGUGGACAUCUUCAUAAUAUUAACUUUUCCAAUCCAUGAGCACAAAAUAACUGUUCAUUUAUUUGGGUCUUCAAUUUCUUCCAUCGAUGUCUAAUAGUAUUUCAGUGCACAGAUCUUUCAUGUACUUGGUUAAAUUUAUUCCUAGGUAUUUUAUUCUUUCUGAUGAAAUCGUAAAAGCAUUGUCUUCUUUUUUAAAAUAAAUUAAUUUAAUUAUUUAUUAUUUUUUUUGGCUGUGUUGGGUCUUUGUUGCUGCGUGCGGGCUUUCUCUAGUUGUAGUGAGCAUGGGUUACUCUUCGUUGCAGUGCAUGGGCUUCUCUUUGUGGUGGCUUCUCUUGUUGCAGAGCGUGGGCUCUAGGCGCAUGGACUUAGUUGCUCCGCGGGAUGUGGGAUCUUCCCGGACUGGGGCUAGAACCCAUGUCCCCUGCAUUGGCAGGAGGAUUCUUAACCACUGCGCCACCAGGGAAGCCCCAAAAGCAUUGUUUUCUUAAUUUUUAGUUCUAAAAGUUUGUUGCAAAUGUAUAAAAGUACCAUUGAUUUUUGUAUAUUAAUUUUGUAUUCUGCAAGUUCCCUGAAAUUGCUUAUUAGUUUUCACAACUUUUUGAUGGGGUCUUCAGAGUUUUCUAUAAAUAAUAUCAUGUCUUCUGCAAAUGGAGACAGUCUUUCUUUUUCCUUUCUGAUUUGGAUAUAUUUUGUUUAUUUUCUUGCCGAAUUGCUCUGACUAAAACUUCUGGUGCCCUGUCAAAUAAAAGCGGUGAGACUGGGAAUCCUUGUCUUGUUCCUCAUCUUAGGAGAAACACUUUUAGCUUUUAGCUGUGGACUAUGAUGUUAGCUUUGAGUUUAUCAAGUGUGCCUUGGUUAUGUUGUGAAAUAGUCUCUCUGUACCCAUUUUUAAAAAUAUUUAUUUAUUUAUUUUUAUUUUUUGGCCAUGCCGCGCAGCUUGUGGGAUCUCAGUUCCCCAACCCCAGGCCCUGGCAGUGAAAGCCCAGAAUCCUAACCACUAGGCCACCAGGGAACUCCCUCUCUGUUCCCAUUUUAAAAAGAGAGUUUACCACGAGUGGAUGUUGAAUUUUGUCAAAUGCUCUUUCUGCAUCUAUUGAGAUGAUCAUAUGGAAUCACUAUCCCCGGAAUAAAUCCCACUUGAUCAUGGUGGAUGGUCCAUGCAAUGACUUGGUGAAUUCAGUUUGUUGAGAAUUCAUGCAUCCAUAUUCAUCAGCUUUAUUGGUCUGUACUCUUUUUUUCUCAAGUGGUGUCCUUUGUGGUUUUGGUGUCAGAAUAAUGCUGCCCUCAUAAAAUUAGUUGAAAUCAUUCCCUCUUCUAGUUUUUGGAAGAGUUCAUGAAAAAUUGGUAUUAAUUCUUUAACUGUCAGGUAGAAUUCAUUAGUGAAGCCAUCUGGUCAUAAAAUUUUAUUUGUUUUAAGGUUUUUGAUCACUGAUUCAAUCUCUUUACUCAUUACUGGUCUUUUCAGAUUUUCUAUUUCUUCAUGAACCAAUCUGGGUUGGGCUAAAAGUCAAGGAGUUUGUCAAUUUUUUUUUCUAGGGUAUCCACUCUGUUGGUGAGUUAUUGUUGAUAGUAGCCUCUCAUGAUCUUUUGUAUAUCUGAGGUAUCAGUUGUAGUGUCUCCCCUUUUAUGUCUACUUUAUUUAUUUUGAGCCCUCACUCUUGGUGAGUCUACCUGAAGGUUUGUCUAUCUUCAUUGCCUUUUCCAAAAAUACAGCAUUUAAUUUCAUUGUCUUUUUAUCUCGAUUUCAUUUAUUUCCACUCAAAUCUUUGUUACUUCCUUCUACUAACUUUGGGCUUAGUUUGCUCUUCUCUUUCUAGGCCUUGAUGUGUAAAAUUAGUUUGUUUCUUGAAGAUCUUUCUUGUUUCUUAAAGUAGGUAUUUAUUGUUAUAAACUUCCCUCUUAGAACUGCUUUUGCUGUGUCCCACAAGUUUUGGUAUACUGAAUUCCCAUUUUUAUUUGUCUGUAGAUAUUUUUUAAUCUCUCUUUUGCUGUCUUCUUUGACCCACUGGUGUUGUUCAAUAGCAUGUGUUUUAAUCUCGAAUAUUUAUGAAUUUUCUACUUUUCUUUUUCUAAUUGAUUUCUAGUUUUGUACACUGUGGUCAGAAAAAAAUGCUUGAUGUCAUUUCAAUCUUCUUAAGUUUAUUAGGACUUGUUUUGUAGUCUAACAUAUGGUUAUUCAUCUUGGAGAAUGUUCUUUGUGUGCCUGAGAAGAAAGCACAUCCUGCGGUUUCGGGAUGCAGUGUUCUGUAAGGGUCUGCUACGUCCAUCUGGUUUCACGUGUAGUUUAAGAGCAUUGCUUUUUAAAUUGAUUUUCUGUCUAGAUGAUCUGUCCAUUCUUGAAGGUGAGGUAUUGAAGUUCCCUACUGUUAUUGUGUUGCUGCCAAUUUCUCUUUUGAGGUCUGUUAAUAUUUGCUUAAUAUCCUAUGUUGGGUGUGUAAGUAUUUACAAAUGUUAUAUCUUCUUUUUGGGUUGACCCUUUUUUCAUUAUAGGCUGAACAGUCUCUUCUUAUAGUUUUAGGCGUAAGGCUUUUUUUUUGCCUGAAAUAAACAUGGCUACCCCUGCUUUCUUUUGGUUUCCAUUUGCACAAAAGGAAAUGCAAAUGGAAAUUCCUUCACUUUCAGUUUGUUUGUGUCUUUAGAGCUGAAGUGAGACUUUUAUUGGCAGUGUAUAGCCAGGUCUUGUUUUUCAUUCAUUCUGCCACUCAGUAUCUUUGGAUGAGAAUUUAGCCCAAGUAAAUUUAAAGUAAUUAUCGACAGGUAAAAACUUAUAUGACCAUUUCGUUCACUGUUUUCUGGCUCUUUCAUACUGCCUUUGUUUCUUUUGUUAAAAAAAAUCUAUCUAUCUAUCUAUCUAUCUAUCCAUCUAUGUAUCUAUCUAUCUAUUGGCCGCACCACCUGGCUUGUGGGAUCUUAGUUCCCCAAGCAGGGAUUGAACCUGUGCCCUCGGCAGUGAAAGUGCCAAGUCCUAACCACUGGACUGCCAAGGAAUUCCCGUGUUUCUAUCUUCCUUAUUCUCUUCUGUUGUGAUUUGAUGAUUUUUCUGUAAUGAUAUGCUUUGAUUUCUUUCUCUUUCUCGUCUGUGUAUCGAUUAUAAGUUUUUGCUUCAUGGUUCCUAUCAGGCUUGUAUAAAAUAACAACACUCUAUUUUAAACUGACAACUUCCUAAAUUCGAAUGCAUACUAGAGCUCUCCUUUUUUAUUCUCUCUCCUACAUUUUAAGUUUUUUAUAUCAGAAUUUACAUCUUUCAUCAUGUAUAUUCACUAGUAGUUUAUGCAAUUAUAGUUAAUCUUAUCACUUUUGUCUACAGCCUCCGCACUAGAUUUAUAGGUGAUUUACCCACCAGCAUUAUAACGUUAGUAUUCUGAAUUUAUACAUUUUCCUUUGCUGGUGAGAUUUAUAUUUUUAUAUGUUUUUCUGUUACUAAUUAGCACCUUUUGUUUUGGCUUGAAGUAUUUUCUUUAAGAAUUUUUGUAUAACUUCUCUGGUGCUGAUGAGCUCUUUCAUAUUUUGCUUGUCUCCAAAGCUCUUACUUCUGUUUCUAAUCUGAAGGACUACUUUGCUGGCUGGAGUAUUCUUGGUUGGCAGGGUUUUUUUCUUUCAUCACUUUGACUAUAUCAUGCCACUCCUUUCAGGCCUUCAAACUUUCUGCUCAGUAAUAUGCUGAUUGUCUUAUGGGGGUUCCCAUGUACAUAACAUCUUGCUCUUCUCUUGUUGCUUUAAAAUUUUGACAAUUUAAUUAUAAUUUGCUUCAGUGUGGGUCUCUUUGGAUUCCUCUUAUUUGAAACUAUCUGGGCUUCCUGGAUCUAGAUAUCCCUUUUUUCUCCAGGUUAGGUAAGUUUUCAGCCAAUUAAAAUAAAAUAAACUUUCUGCCCUCUUCUGCCUCUGUUCCCCUCUGGAACCUGUAUAAUGUGAUUAUUGCUCCACCUGAUGAUGUCUGUAUGUCCCUCUAGCUAGCUUCACUCUUUCAUAUAUUUUGCACCUCUAAUUGAAUAUAAUCCACUGCCCUGACUUUGAGUUCACUGAUUCUUUCUUAUGCUUCAUCUAGUCUGUUGUUGAACCUCUUUACUGAAUUCUUCAGUACAGUUAUUGCAUUCUAUAGCUCUGUAGUUUUUGUUUGGUACUUUCUUAUAUUUUCUAUCUCUUUGUUGAAAUUCUCACUUUGUUCACACAUUGUUCUCCUGACCUCAGUGAGCAUCUUUAUGACCAUGAUUUGGAACACUAUCAGGUAAAUCACCGAUCUCCAUUUUUUUUUUUUUUUUUUUGCGGUACGCGGGCCUCUCACUGUUGCGGAGCACAGGCUCCGGACGCACAGGCUUAGCGGCCAUGGCUCAUGGGCCUAGCCGCUCCGCGGCAUGUGGGAUCUUCCCGGACCAGGGCACGAACCCGUGUCCCCUGCAUCGGCAGGCAGACUCUCAACCACUGCGCCACCAGGAAAGCCCGAUCUCCAUUUUUUUUUUUUCCUUUGCAGUACGUGGGCCUCUCACUGUUGUGGCCUCUCCCGUUGUGGAGCACAGGCUCCGGACGCGCAGGCUCAGCGGCCAUGGCUCAUGGGCCUAGCCGCUCCGCGGCAUGGGGGAUCCUCCCGGACCGGGGCACGAACCCGUGUCCCCUGCAUCGGCAGGUGGACUCUCAACCACUGUGACACCAGGGAAGCCCUCCAUUUUUUUAAGGUCUGUGUCUGGACUUUUAUCCUGAUCUUUCUUUUCUUUGGUACACAAUCCUCUGUCUCUUCAUUUUCCUUGACUCUCUGUGUUGGUCUGUGCAGUAGGUAAAAUCCACCUUCCUGUCUUGAAGGAGUGGCCUUGUGGAGGAGACAGAGCUUAUUGUUCAACCUGCCGUAGUUCAUGGUAAACUCUCAAACCUGUGUGAUUGUCCAAGCUGUCAUCUGUGUUCUCGGAGGCUCCUAGUAGUUGAGAGUGUUCUAAGACUUGUCAUUAUCCCAGAGUGAUGGAUCUCAGUCAUCACUUAAAAGCAGACUUCUUGGCAGAUGUAUCUCUCUUCGUGGUAUGGAGGCAUCUUUACAACACAAUUUUCUCUUAUGCUUAUAAAUUUCUUUGCAAAAGGGGAAAUGUAUACUUUAUUUUUAGUCAGGGUGAGUUCCCUGCAUCAGUCUGUCCUCAAGCAGCUUCAGCUCAAAGUAAACAUCGUGCCAGAGCAGCAUAUUGUGGGAUGGCAUCCUCUGAAUUCCUUUAUUUCCCCCACAUCAAACCUCCCAGGAUGUUUCACACAGUAAAUUUUAGUUGGUGUCUGUGGAGAGAAGAAUCAGGUUAGUUGCUGAGAGUCAGAGGUCAGCAAAGGGAGGUAAGUAUUUCUAUUUGAAUGAGAAUAAAUAAGAAAAGAACAACUCUAAAUACAUUUUCCACAUCCGCUUAAACCAAGCUCCUAGCCCUGGGAGUAGGUCCAUACAAUAAAAUGUUUGACAUUUAUUUAUUUCAUGGAGACUUUUCAUCUCUUUUCAAACAUGUAAAGUAGACACGAUUCGUCUUGUCUGAUUCACAUAGAAACAGUAUUUAUUGCCAGUUGUGAUUGUUAAUCUUAGUGUCAAAUUGAUUGGGCUGAAGGAGGCCCUGAUAGAUGGUAAAACACUAUUUUUUGGUGUGGUGUGAGCGUGUUUCCAGGAGAAGGUAGCAUUGAAUUAGCUGACUGAGUAAUGAUGAUCACAAACACCGUGUGUGUGGUCACUGUCAAUUGAUGUAGGCCUCAAAGAACAAAACAGGAGACAAACGGAAAAUCCUUUCUCUCUCCUGCUCCCAGACAUUAGUACUCCUGGUUCUUGGACCUCCAUAUGCAGACUGGGACUUACACAUUUGGCUCCCCUCGUUCUCUCCUGGAACUGAAGCAGUUUUCCAGCUUGCAAAUGGCAGAUUAUAGGGCUCCAUCCUCCAUAAUUGCAUGAACCAAUGCCUGUCUAUCUAUCUAUCUAUCUAUCUAUCAUUAUCUAUCAUAUAUAUGUAUGUGUGUAUAUAUGUAUGUAUCAUCUGUAUGUAUAUAUGUAUUAAUAUGUAUGUAUGUAUGUUUGUGUGUAUAUGUAUGUAUGUAAGAUCUAUCAUCUAUCUGUAUGUAUAUAUCUAUCAUCUAUGUAUGUAUGUAUCAUCUGUAUAUUUGUAUCUGUGUAUUUAUAUAUACAUGUAUGCAUCUACCUAUCUAUCUACAUUGGUUCUGUUUCUCUGGACUGCCCUGACUGAUACAUCAACAACUGCACAAACUUGUCCUUACUGGGUAGGUAAUGUAUCUAGGGGACCAUGAUUUUGGAGUAUGACAGAAACUAAACAAUUAAGUUGUCAUUGGAAUGCGUCCAGUGUUUACAUAGUCAUAUUGAACUUUUUUUCUGUUACCCUAGAGAUAUUUAGGCUCACUUUUUCCAAGUCGUAAUCUCCCAAACUUGGAAAUAAGGUUCUCAAUCCUGAGGAGAGCUUGAAGUGGUGAUACAGAGGUUGGUUUGUCUGAGACUUUUAUGUGGCACCACUUUAUUCAGGAAGAAGCCCAAGUUUAUAAUUGGCUGGCAUUUAAGGUGGAGUAUCUGGUGACAGAAGGAGCCCAGUAUCCGAUUCUACAUUGUCCUGACAUUUAGGGAAUUCUUUAUACCCCUCGUCUCCACAUAAGAUGAAAACACUGGUGUAAGAUCAAAGUGGAAACUGAAAUUCCCCAGGUCCGGGGCAAUUCAGCCCUUUGUCACUGGUCAUAUUGGCAUCCGCACACCUCCACUCUUAUGUGGUCCUGCCAGUUUGUAAGGGCAGAACAAGUUGUGAAGCUCUGAUCUAGAAGGACUGAACUCCAGCUUUGGUAGCUCUCUUUCCCUCUCAUACGCUUUCUGUCUGUCUUCAUCUCUGUGCCUCUCUCUCUCUCUCUCUCUCUCUCUCUCUCUCUCUCUCUAUAUAUAUAUAUAUAUAUAUAUAUAUAUACAUAUAUAUAUAUAUAUAUAUAUAUAUACAUACAUAUAUGAAUGCCACAGCCACUUUGACCUUC